AUGGGCACGGGCCUUGCGCAUGACGACGAGCCGAUCGGGCCGCAGCCUGCACCGCUCCACGAGCGCGAGCCAUGUCGCAGCCAUGCGUACGGCCCCGGACUUCUCCCCGGCGAAGGCAUGGCUAUGGCGUCGUAUGUACAGGAUGGCAAGCGCAUUCCUCGGCGCGGUGAGAUUGGCCUCGACACGGAGCGCAUUCAAGCGCUUGAGCGCGCAGGCUACGUCAUGAGCGGUUCGCGGCACCAAGCCAUGAAUGCGGUGCGAACACGCAAAGAGAACCAGGUGAUUUCUGGCGAAGAGAAGCGCGCACAGCUGCGCCUCCAAGCCGAAGCACACGCCAAAAAAGAAGCCGAGAUCAUUGCCCAGUUCCGCGAGAUGGUCGAUGCGAUGCAGAGCAAAUCCGGAUCAUGA